CAGCUGACCAUGAAAAAGUUUAUUUACUUCCGGUGUUUCGUUGCCAUUUGACGUUAAAGUACCGAAGUUAGAGACAGGCAUCAAAAAUGGAUUCCAGUGAGGAGGGGGGCCUCGGUGUUGGGGGAGAGGAGAACUAUUUCCAAGGCUACACCUUCACUGACCGCUCCCACUCCAGCCGUGUGGUGAAGAGCAUCAUGGACUUGUGUUUGGAAGACGGCCUGUUCGCUGACGUCACGAUCACAGUGGACAGCAAAGAGUUCCACUUGCAUCGACUUGUGCUGUCGGCGCAGAGCAGUUUCUUCCGCUCCAUGUUCACCUCCAACCUCAAAGAGUCGCGCAACCGCGCUAUUGAACUGAAGGAUGUAAGCGCCGCUGUCUUCCAGCUGCUGAUUGACUACAUCUACCAUGGCACCAUUAAACUGAGGGUGGAGGAGCUGCAGGACACCUAUGAGAUGGCGGACAUGUACCAGUUAACUGCUCUCUUUGAGGAAUGUUCUCGCUUUCUUUCACGGACAGUGGAGGUCAAGAAUUGUCUACAGGUGAUGUGGCUUGCAGACAGGCACAGUGACCAGGAGUUGUACACCUCGGCCAAACACUGCGCUAAAAUCCACUUGUCCCAACUUCAUCUAACAGAAGAAUUCCUCAAUUUGCCUCUCUGUUUGCUCUUGGACAUCAUUAAAGAUGGCGUUCCAAGCUCCCAGAAUCCGACAGUGGCCAUUGAGUCAUGGAUAAAUCACAACAAGGUGGAAAGAGAAGAGUUUGCAUGUAUUCUUCAAGAAAAUCUCAAGGAAAUUGGUGAGAAUGUUCACAUUUACCUGAUCGGUAAAGAAGACACGAGGACUCACUCCCUAGCUGUGUCACUUCACUGCGAUGAGGACGACGCCAUCAGCGUUAGCGGUCAGAACAGUCUAUGCCACCAGAUCACUGCCGCUUGCAAGCACGGAGGCGACCUCUACGUGGUGGGUGGUUCCAUUCCCCGACGCAUGUGGAAGUGCAACAUGCACACCAUGGACUGGGAGCGUUGUGCGCCCCUUCCCAGAGACCGGCUCCACCACACUAUGGUGUCGGUGUCGAGUGAGGACGCCAUCUACUCGCUAGGUGGUAAGACGCUACAAGACACGCUCUCUAACGCCAUCAUCUACUACACGGUGAAGGACAACAUGUGGACAGAGACCAGCCAGCUGGACACGGCGGUGUCAGGAGCUGCCGGUGUCAACUUGGGAGGUACUAUUUACCUGCUUGGAGGGGAGGAGAACGACAUGGACUUCUUCACCAAGCCGUCACGCCUCAUUCAGUGUUUUGACACAGCGUCACAAAAGUGUCAGAUAAAACCUUACAUGCUGCCAUUUGCCGGGUGCAUGCACGCUGCCGUCCACAUGGAUGUGAUCUUCAUCGUGGGCGAAGGAGACUCGCUGGUUUGCUACAACCCUUUGCUGGAGAGCUUUACCCGCUUGCGUUUCCCUGAAGCGUGGAGCUGUGUUCCUUCUCUGUGGAAAGUAGCCAGCUGCAACGGCUGCAUCUACGUUUUCAGGGACAAAUGUAAGAAAGGUGACGCAAACACGUUAAAGUUCAACCCAGCCACAUCUGUCGUCUCUGUUAUCAGAGGUAUCAAGAUCCUCCUCACGAACUGGCAAUUUGUUUUGGCCUAACAGCUCUUCGUGUAAAUACUUCCACUGUAGAACCUACAGUACCACGACAUGUCGCUCUCUACUGUACACUACAGACACAAAAGUAUUGAGACGCAUCUUAAUCAGUUCAUCAAUGAGGCUCGGUUCCCCUUGAGUUUUAACUUAUCACAUUCUGGACAAUAAGCUUCCAGCUUUGUGGGAACAGUUUUAGGAAGGCCCUUUUCUCUUCCAGUAUGACUGUGCAUCUGUGCACAAAGCACGGCAAGCGUGGAUGAGUUUGGUGUGGAAGAAUGUUGCCAUCAAACACCUUUUGGAAUGAAGUACGUACGUCGGUGAUCGUGAGCUGUUCCUUCAUUGUCAUUUAAAUUCUACACUGCCUUUUCCCAACAAAAGCACCUUUUUGCAGCAGGUUUAGAACCACACUCUUUUAUGCAUUUCUGAGGUAAGGACAUCUCCCGUCUAAGGAAGAAACCUUAAACCAACCUAAAACUCAUCUUCCUCAACCAGCUGGCUUGAACAAAAGAGGGUAGACAGAGGCCGAGGGAUGAUAACACAUAAGGUACGACCAAUGUUGUUUAUAGUAGUAUACUUGUAAGCAAUAAUCCUGGACUAAUGCUACGACUGCAACUCCCGCUACUAUUCCUACUACUACUAAUAAUCAUUGACUCCAAUCCGUUUCAGGAUGAUGGUCAGUUUUUCCUGCAGGAUCGAUCGUGGAAAAAAAAAGAAAAAUAAAUCAUCAGUUCCAGCGUCAAACUGUAGCCGCCAUAAAACUUUUAUUAAUUGCACAGCGAAUAUUUUAAAGUAACAUUUUAACAUUCUUAACCAUCAUGCAAGUGUUAAAAUAAGUUAGCCACUGUUCCUCUUAAGGGGUAAAAAGACUAAAACACUUAGUCUUAACUGUUUAACGGCAACUGACGAAGCUCCUUUAUAAUAUUCUUAGUUGUCCUGCACGUGUAAAAAUAAGUUACACACUAUAAAAUGUAAAAACUCAACUUUGACAAGUCACAACGCGUAAUGGUUGGGACAUCACUGGAGUCUUCCUACUUUGAGGUCAGUGACUCUAUGUCUUCUCUUAACACGCCUUCUUGAGGCUGACCCUUCUUUUGGAAUGACUUUCAGAAUAAAGGUUCAAAAAGCAAAAAAUUAAUGAAGAUGCUGACUGAACCAAGGUCCUGUGAGGUACGUUACUGACUCAUGAGUGCUUGAAAAGCAAAGUUUUGUACGUUACACCAGCUAAAUAGCCUUAUUUAAUUGUGCGUGUCAUUUCUGUCUCUACCUUUUCACGUAUUUACAGUCCUCUGUGCUCUGUAUUGCGCACCCCAUGGCGCAAAACACAUGAAUUGUACUCAACAGAAAUAUGAAUACAACACUCUUAAAGUGCACGUUGUGGAGUGGCCUUUUAUUGUGGCCAACCUAAGGCACACCUGUGAAAUAAUCAUGCUGUCUAAUCAGCAUCUUGAUAGGCCGCACCUGUGAGGUGGAUGAAUUAUGAGCGCUCACUAACAGAUUCGUGAAGAAUAUGUGCGAAAUUAGCCUUUUGUGUACAUAGAAAAUUUUUACAUUUUUGAGUUCAGAUCAUGAAAAAAUGGGAGCAAAAAAACAACAAAAAAGUGUAUUUUUGCUGUGCUUAUAUGACACAUCUUUAUUCAAGCAAGCGUGCUGUGGGUUAUAACUAUGUGUACUAUUUUAGAGUCUUUGUAUUGAUUUCUCAAGGACAGACACUGCAAACUUUUGUAGAAAGUCUUCUUGGAAGAGCAGAAGCAGCUAUAGCUGCAAAGGGAGCGGGGCCAACUGCAUAAUUCUUCCAUUUUUCCUACCUGUAGGUGUAAUGGCCAGGUGUCCCAGUAGUUGUUCCACAUACAGUAUUAGUAUUUACUACCAUAAUCAGUGUAAAAGCAGACUGUUUGCAUUGUCGCGUGUCUUAUUAUUGGUUGUGUUAGCUGAGAAGUCAUCUGUGGCGAAGACAUAACCCAGGGGUGUCCAUAGCGGGCCCGGGGGCCAUUGUGACCACAGCUGUUUUUUCAUUACCCCCCAACCCUCAGCUAAACAGGAAAACUGGAAAAAACAACAGCAAAAAUUGAAAAAAGCAGUAAUUUUACAAGAAUAACGGCGACAUAUUAAGAGAAUAAAGUCAUAACAGUAAAAAUAGCGUAAAGUAUAAACAGUAGUAUAGCAUAAAAUAUGAGAAACCCCCCAAAAAACAAAGAAAAAGUUGCAAUUUUUCAAAAAAUUAAGUUGGGAAAAGUAGGUUAUUGAAGUAAAAAGUGAAAAUAGUGUCAAUAAAGUCCUAAUAUUAUGAGAGAGAAAUUGCAGAUGCAGAGAUGCAGGCUGUUUUAUUUAAAUAUAAAAAAACAUCUGCAUAUCUACAUGGGUUGGUUUAAAAAAAAAAAAAAAGAAGUAAAAAUGGCCCCCCCAUCCUUUGAUUUUUCUAUGUGUGGCCCUCAGUGGAAAAAGUUUGGACACCCUUGCCGUAACCAUUGACGAACACGCCGGCAUUAUUCCCACAUGCAUGAAUAAUAAGUAUAAACAUUUACCUUAAGAGUAUAUGUGUUCCAUAGGAUCAGUAUCCUCAGGUGUUCAGUGUUGAUGUGCACAUAUACAAUAUGAUGCUGUUUUCUAACUUCUCUUGUCUUAAAUCUGUAUUUUUGGAUGUAAAGUGUACUUGUUUCUUGUCAAAUAUAUUCU